CUUGAUGUUUCCUAUUGCAAAAGCCUGCAACGUGUACCUGACUGGAUAGGUGAGCUCAAACGUCUUUCCUAUCUCGAUGUACAAUUCUGCUCAGAUAAGCUUUUGAGGAGUCAUAUGCCGAAGGGAAUAUCACAGCUCUCGAGUCUGAGGACACUGAGAUCAGGUUGCUUCCCACUGUCUAUGGAAGAAAAUGAAUUCUUAAGUGUUAAAGAUGUUGGCAAUUUGAUCAAUCUGGAAGAAAUAUUGUUCUGUUUACAAGAUGUACGGGCAUUGAGAAGUGUAGAAGAUGGUAUCCUUGAUCAUCUGGUCAAAAUGAGAUUUCUGGCAGUACAGAAUAAUAUUCCUGCAACGGAGGGUGAUACGGGAGAAUCCAGUCUUCCAUCAUUCUCAAAGAAAAUGAAUGUUAUGAAAGAUCUUCAACAACUUCAACUUGAUUGUUUCUCUGUGCCAAGUUGGAUAUGUGGAAUGGAAAAUCUGACAGAUCUAUGUUUAGUGAAGUGCAGUGAUUAUCCAGCACUCCAAAAGAUGCCCAACUUAAAUUCCUUGAUUUUGGAUGGUGAUUUGAAAUGCAGAGAACUGCCAAAGAACUUUGGAGAGAGAGGGGGAUUUCCUAAGCUGGCUAGGCUGCAGAUUGAAGACUUCCCUCUUUUGGAGGAGUUGCCGGCGUUGGAAGAGGGGGCGAUGCCACGUCUGGAAUUACUAUUGAUAAAGAAUUGUCCGUUGGUGAAGAGAGUUCCGGAGGGAUUGGAGCGGUUGAGGAGACUAAAGGUGAUAGCGGUUGCUGGGGAGGCAAGUGGUGAGUUGGAGGAGAGGUUAAAGGAAGGCGGGGAAGAUUGGAAUAAAAUCAAAGCUAACAAUCCCCGCACCGAGAUCUUCUUCAGUUAGAGGUAGGGUAGGGUAUAUGUUUGUGUUCUUUCAGUUUGUAUUUAUGAGUAUUUAUAAAUUUAGAAUAAAUAUUUUAUA